GGAGCAGUUUUUUUCGCUCGCACGCUGAGAAGUAUGCACCACUUUCUUACAAAUAUUCAAACCCACUUCUCCUAACUGCCAUCAUUGAUCAUGUACUUCCAUGUUCCCUUUUAGUUUGUUUCAGUUAGCUUCUCCAACUACUUCUCUCUAAUCUCUACUACACUGACUUGAACCCACUUCCAGUCUCUUCUUCUUCUUCUUUUCUACAACGGCAAGUACUAGUACUAGUGCUUGUUUUAAAGAAACAAGAGAAGAUAUAGUGCAAUUUUGCAAAGAUGUUUGACAUCUUGUUUGGAUGGAGAAAAGCUUCUAAAUGCAAGAGGCUGAUUAAGCGAGUUCAGUGUAGACUCGAGCUGUUGAAAAGCAAAAGGCAUUCAAUUGUGAGGCAAUUAAGAGAGGACGUUGCUCAGCUUAUCAAGAUUGGCUACGAUGAUAUUGCCUGUAAUCGGGCUGAGCAUCUCUUUAACGACGAAACAACAGUUUCAAUCUAUGAAUUAUUGGAGAAUUUCUGCGAAUUCGUUAUCGCCCACCUAUCCUAUAUCCGCAGGCACAAGGAUUGUCCUAAUGACAUCAAUGAAGCAGUUUCGAGUCUUAUAUUUGCCUCUGCAAGAUGUGGUGAUCUACCUGAGCUUCGUGCUAUUCGGAAACUUUUUGGAGAGCGUUAUGGCCAGAGAUUUGCAAUGACAGCUCUUGAACUGUUGCCUGGCAAUCUUGUGAACUUGCAGAUAAAAGAGAAACUUUCUAUCAAUUCAGUUCCUGAUGAUGUAAAGCGAAAAUUGGUCGAUGAGAUAGCUAGAGAUUACUGCCUCAGGCCAGAGAUCUUGGCAAUUGAAUACACUUCCGAACUUCAGCAACAGUCACAGGUGAAAGAGCAUGAUGGCACUGUAGGAUCUUGCAAAGUGGUAACUACUAAUGCUGAUGGUAUGGAAAGAAAUGCCAUACAUGCAGAUGGAAUAUCUACUAUCAUGAAUCUAACCAUACAUUCCGGUGAUCAGAACCAGGAUGAUAUGAUUAGUACUUGCAUUAGUUCUUCUAUAGUUGAGCAAUCUUCAUCAGAUACAAUGGAGUCUCCGAAGUGUAGUUUUGCUGGACUUCGUCCCAAAUUUGAAGCUGUUGCUUCAAAUACUAAAGGAAGUCAGAUAACUAGAAGGGCUAACAUUCCCGCCACAGAUCAGGAUGAAGUGCGAAAAAUGACAGCUGCUUCUUCAGAAAGUUUGCCUCAGUUUCCUGAGGAAAUGAUAGUCUAUCUUGAUGACGUAGAGGAGGUUCAACAUUCCAUUGCGAAAGAAGGUAGCUCUCACGACCAAAGCAUUUUCAAGUUCAAAUCAACUAUACUGAAUAAGAACAAGGAAGGCGAGGGUAAAUAUAUGGAUCCAUAUGAAUCAUGCAGUGAUUGCUCAAGCUCAAGUAGCACCAGAAGGAGAGUUAAGGCUGCUAAGAAAAGAACAAGGAGGCGAUCUUUGUCUCGAGAAAAUUUGACUGUGAAGGAUAUUCAUUGCGUGAUUUAUUAUGAGAAGCCAAACAAGAGAUCAACAACUCCUGGAUCCCAUCUUCGCAAUAAGCAUUACAGGGAGAAUUUCGUGCGUAGCAAAGAGCAUUCCUUCCAUGGAGAGAAGAGGCGAAAUCAGCCUCAAUCCUGCCAGUGUUUUAAUCCUGAAGCUGAAGACUGCUGCUUGAACAAUUUAUGUUACUUUUGUACUGGAGAUGGCAGAGAUACCAAGGAAGUUCAUUUUUUAAAGCAUGACAUAAUUCCUCACGGACUAGAACGAAAAGGUGACCGUAAUUAUUUUCGCUGUUGUGAAUGUUCUAAGAUUAUUGUAGAGUCGGAUGCAGACAUGGAACGGUAUUCCUAUCCUCCCAGGCCUCAAAGAAGAAGCUGCGAUUUUGGUGAUAUUGAACAUGAUUCUUUUACUAACGCAGAAGUCAAGCCUUAUAAGCAGAGCAAGACAACGAAAGGCAAGGCAAAUGGAUUUGAUUCUCCGGGCAGGGAUGUUGCUACUAAUGAUUCAUUGACGAGAAAUGUAACAAAGCCUCCUUAUUUGAGAGCCAUGACGAUGCCCCAAGAACGAUCUAAAGGCAGUCAAGGAGACGAUAUUUUCCGAUAUUCCAGGUCAUUUCCUGCUCAGACUUCCAAUCAUGUUCAUCCCAAGUUGCCAGACUACGAUGAGAUUGCAGCUAAGUUCAUUGCUCUUAAGAAAGAGCACCUGCAGAAUAAAACUUACUGAAGAAUAUGAUUGUGUAGAAUUUGCAAUUUUUUUGUCAGGAAAGGUUCUAGAGUGAUUUUUCAAUGCUAAUGGUUCCUUGAAAUAAAAGACUCUUUAUUGUGCUUC